CCUUCCACGACCCGCACGACUGCGAUAAGCUCGUAGCAGGGUAGCAGGGUAGGGGAUGACUAUAUAAACAGGGAACCCUUUCCGCUCUGUUGUUGUCUCCCAUCAACCCAUCCAUCAAGAACUCAACCAUUUCCCAUAUCCAAUCUACCACAACCAGUUCACAACAUCAUCAAAAAUGGCCCGUACCAAACAGACUGCCCGGAAAUCAACUGGUGGCAAAGCCCCUCGAAAGCAGCUUGCAGCCAAGGCCGCUCGCAAAUCAGCUCCUCCAGCCGGAGGAGUCAAGAAACCUCACCGAUACCGUCCUGGAACUGUCGCCCUGCGAGAAAUCCGUCGGUACCAGAAAUCCACGGAGCUGUUGAUCCGGAAACUGCCCUUCCAACGUCUCGUCCGCGAGAUCGCACAAGACUUCAAGACCGAUCUGCGGUUCCAAUCUUCGGCCGUCAUGGCUCUGCAAGAGUCAGCCGAGGCCUAUCUGGUCGGAUUGUUCGAGGACACCAAUCUGGCUGCCAUCCAUGCUAAACGUGUCACCAUUCAACCAAAGGAUAUCCAGCUGGCCCGUCGACUGAGAGGCGAACGGUCUUAAAUCAACCCCCGCUUUCCUCCCAUCAAUCAAUCAAUCCCUUUUCUUUUCGUCUUGUUUUGUUUCUGUCCGGCUUUCUAUCGAUCUCUGUCUCGCAACUGUUGUAGUCUUUCAGUUUUUUUAUGAUAUAUACCAUAUUCAAUGAAUGUCGUCUGAUUCAAAAACCCUUUCAAAUCAACCUCGCUUUUUGUGAGCUAUCACCUCAUGUUGGGCUCUGGGCCUGGACUUUGGU